UGUGUCCCCCUGUUAUUAUGUGACUGUCUUUAGCUAGCAGGGACUUGUCAAUUUUGGGCCACCGGCUGCUCUCGAGUCAACAAGAACAGUCACAUCAGGAUUCAGCAGUCACAAAUAAGAAGGACACAAUGCUGUCUGCUUUCGUUGCUAAAAGACUGGUAAAUGGGGUAUGCCAGGCGUCAUGGAGACCAGCUGUGGCAGAACUAGUAACUACAAGGGGUUACAAAGGAGAGGCACCUGAUGACUCUAGGGGUGACCUAAUUGAGAUCCCCCUGCCCCCAUGGACAGAGAAGGAUGGCGAGACCAUGGACAUCAAGAGACGGCGCCUGCUCUUCCAAAGCCGAAAGAGGGGCAUGCUGGAGAAUUGCAUAUUGCUCAGCCUGUUUGCCAAACAAUAUCUUAAUACAAUGACCGAGCACCAGUUAAGACAGUAUGACAGACUGAUCAAUGAGCCUAGCAACGACUGGGACAUCUACUACUGGGCAACAGAGGCCCAGCCUGUACCUGAUGUGUACACAGGUGAAAUCAUGGACCUACUGAAGGAGUUCACUAAGAACAAAGAUCAGGAACAGAGGCUGGACGCACCCAACCUGGAAUACCUGGACAAGGGGAGCCAGUGAAGCCUGGCUGACACAUCCCUCUCAGGGUGUUUUCACAUAUAGUCUUCUUUAACAUAACUGAUCUCAGUCCUCUUUAAAGUGAACUCUGGGGUAAAAAAAAGAAGAAGCAAAAGGUCUCAGUUCUCUUUGUAUUCACAUUGCCCAUGCCUUUAAAUGAGGACUCAGCUUUUUUGCCAGUUCACUUCACCUA